AUGAAGACGUCGGUGGUGUUCCUGCUCCUCCUGAACGGUAAGAAGCUCCGUGUGGAGGUGGAGGACGGGGUGGAGUCUGUCCAGCUGCCCUUCACAACCACACUUCACCUGCCUCAAGAUGCUAAAGUGGAGUGGAUGGAGAACUUCUACAACAGGAAGGUCCACGUGUAUCAGAGCGGCUCUGACCAGCCUGAAGAACAGCACCAGGAUUACAGAGACCGAACGAAGAUGAAUGAAGACCUGCUGAAAACUGGAGACCUCAGUCUGACCCUGAGACUCCCCACAGAUGGAGACAACAGGACCUACACCUGCACCGUCUACAGCAGGGAGGGAAACAUCCUGCUGAAGAGAAAGGUGCAGCUGAGAGUCAGAGACUGUCAGGUGGAGGUGGAGGAGGGGGCGGAGUCUGUCCAGCUGCCCUUCAGAACCACAGGAAACCUGCCUGGAGAUGCUGAAGUGAAGUGGAUGGAUGAUGAUGAUGAUGAGGUCCACGUGUAUCAGAGCGGCUCUGACCAGCCUGAAGAACAGCACCAGGAUUACAGAGACCGAACGAAGAUGAAUGAAGACCUGCUGAAAACUGGAGACCUCAGUCUGACCCUGAGACUCCCCACAGAGAGAGACAGUGGGACAUACAGCUGUGACGUCUACAGCAGGAACAUCUGGAGAUGGAAAACAGUGCAGCUCAAAGUCAGAGGCAGAGCUCAGGUCCAGGAUCAAACAGGGAUCAUCAGGAACAGAAGCAGCUCCAUUGAUCCGACUCCUCUGAUGGCUGAUCAAUCAGUUUGAUCUGUUUGUUCUUUGAUUAUUGAUCAGUGAUGUCAGAGUGGAGUCAGUGUGAUGUUGUUGUUGUGUGUUUGAGCCUUUUAGUGUCCGUGAAGGUCUCUGCUGCCGUAGAUCCUCUGAACUGUGACAGAGGUCUCACUCUGGAGGAAACUCUCAGCACUUUCCAGCAGCUCCUCCAUCAUGGAGGACGUUCCCUCACUGGAACAGGUGGAGGAGAGAGGAGAGGAAGCACAGGUGGAUGCUCUGAGGAAGAGGAGCGUUCUCACAUUGGUCUUCCUACAACAACACCUUGAUCACAUGAGCAGAGGGGCGUGGCCUUCAGUGGUCCUAACACGCCGUCGUAGUAAUAAAGGAACCCUCCACAUGUUCCACUUUGAAGGCUCAUCUCCAACAAAGCAGACCUGUGAUCACUUUAACUCACUAUGAUGAUUGUUGACAUUUGUCUUUGUGUCUCUGGCUUUUCUUGUGUGUCUGUGUGUCUUUGGGAUGUUGGAUAGAGUCAUGUGACCUGCCCAGGGACUACAGAUGGAAAUGAGCAGUUUAGCUCCAAUCUGGCAGCUUUCCAUCUUCUAUGUUUAUAUUGAUGUCCAUGAACAUGCACUGUCCCUGUGAGAUCAAUGCAGAUAAAAACAGCUGCUGACCUUUGACCUGAUCCAGUGUUGUUCUUCUUCU